AUGAUCAUUCAGGACGUUCAGGAUCCAAAAGCCUCCAGCAAACAAUCCUGGGACUUGCCAAUACCGAAACUAGCAACACCCUGAAAGAUUUCCCUCCUAGUCAGAAAGGAAGUAGGUGGCAGAGCCAGAAAUAACAUUCAAAUUCGGAACCCACUAGACCAUAUCACCUGUCUGGCAAGUGACACUCUUACUUCCCCUUCUUCAAUCCCAAACACAUGUUUUGUUAACACCAGAAAGAACACAAAGGGGUCACACACAGACUUUACAAAAAGAAACCGAAGUGAGGCUUAG